AUGUUCAAUUCGUUCCGCGCAGAUUAUCAUGGCUGGUUAGAAUUCAAAGAAAAGGCUCUUCCUAGCAACAUAUUUGGCUACCUACUUGUCCAAUACUUCCUCCAAUAUUUCAAAUGCAAACCCUUCGAUACUACAAGUUACGAAGAUCCCAAAGAGAUCGCAAAGUGCGGGGCACUUGGCCAACGAAGCUUUUUGAAAGACCAAUUACCAAUUAGAGAUGGGCCUAGGCCCAAGAUGGGGAAAAUGGCUUAUAAGCAGCUUAUCGAUCAAACCAUCAUCGACCUGACCAAGAUCUACUCCAAUCAUAUCAUUCUCAGCACAUCCGCCCUUGAGAAAAACGGCGACGCCCUCAUAAUCGCAGACAAGAUCCCAACGCCCCAUCUCCCGGCUAAGAAAACGAAGCGCGAAAUCGCACAUGUUCAUACGGAAGGAAAAGGAAAAAAUGUGGAUUAUUUGAUGCACGCAGUGUUGGGUCCGAAGGAUGCUAAAGAAGUGAUUGAAAAAGGAUGGGGGGAACGAAUGACGCUAGCUGGGACGUUGAAAAUGCCAGUUGGGUAUCUUAUGGUUUAUACACCGAGAUCGGAAGCGGAAUUGAGAAUCGUGAGAGAUGUUUUGGAGGCGGCGAUUGGAUUUAUGACGGGUGCGGAAAGAUCAGUGGGAGAAAGACGGGAGGUAUGA